AAGAGAAAUAUGGGAAAAAUUCCCUUCCACUUGUGUUAGACAGACAAUGACCCGAAACCUUGAUUUCCCCUAUGUCUACAAAAGUGAGAGGUCCCAAUCCACGCAAUCCCAUCAUAAUUUCCUUUUCAUCAGUGUGAUAUAAGUGGAGCUAAAGAGGGACUCCAUCGAUCGGAUUCAGUAACAGAGAAUUGAGAGUUGGGACGUGACUUGGGAGACGGCGAUGGAUAGCGGCUUGAGUGAGAGUUUGAUCGGAGUGGCACCGCCACCACCACUAUCGUCGGAGACGGCAAGCCAGCGAUGGAGGAGAUUGUGUGGCCUCCUCAAGAACCGCAAGCCAAGCAAGGAGGAGAAGUUUGGACUCCGUGUUGCAGUGCUGAGUAUAUAUGCAAAAUACCAAUUUAUCAACGGAAUAGACAAUCUAGAUCUAGAUAGUCAGGACGAGGAACAGACAGAGACAACAGAGGAAGCAAAUGUUCCAAGCAGGUAUUACUGUUAUCAGUGUCGUCAAGUGGUCAGUGUCACUGUGGAUGUCGAAAUGACAUGCCCUCUCGGCCAUGGCGGCUGGAUACAAGAAUGUAGUACCGUUGGCCUACUCUAUCUUACUAUGCCAUCAGAAUCUGAGCAUUCUGCUAGUGAUUCUGAUGGACAGGGCACCAUUCUGAUCCAUCCUUCCAGUCCAACUGUCAUAGACAUUGUCGAGGACAGCUAUGGUUCAGAUCCCAACCCCAACAGGUCCCCUUUUCAUAGCACUGGUUUGUAUGAUUACAACAACUAUGACGAGUCACACCAGGCAACGGGCAAUUAUGAUUCUAGUUUGGAACAGGGAUUCCUUACACUUAGCAUUGAUGCAGAUAUUGUUGCUAACCAGCCUCAUCAUGGGACAGGGGUUACUACAUCAGUCUGGAUCUUUUCAGCCACUGGUUUCGCCUUUGAGGCUGUAUCGGCAUUUUUCGAUCAGGUUUCCACCCCACGGAAGCCUCAAUACUCAUUGUAUGGCAUGCUGUUGUCCAUCGUGGCUGUACUUGUUUGCAUCUUGGACCUCAUUCACAAUGCCCUGAUACAAAGACAAAGAGGACUCACAUCUGUGAGUAACAUUCUUUGGGAUAUCUUGCCCGAAAUUUUUGGUUUAGCUCUCGCAUGUAUUCAAUGCAUUAGCUCGGGACUGCAGUUUUUAUUUAUCUAUAGGCAUGCUGCUAAUCCUAUGAAAAUAUCGCUUCUGCCUUUCUUAUUUUUCUUCGUUUUGUUUGCUUUCAAAUAUAGAGAAGGAAGGAAUAGAGGUUAGAACUUAGAAGGAAGUAGAAAAUGGUUGCUGGUGUUUAGGAAGGAGUAUAUGCUUACUUUGGCUAAUUUUGGUUACUCAAAACUUGUAUGAGAAACAUGGUUACUCCGGCUUGGUCUUAUUGUGCUUAAAGAAAGACCAAGUUUCAGAGAGUAAAAAAUUAGAAGAGUAAGAACA